AGGAGUGUCCUGAGGGAAUACACUAAAUGUAUUGGGUAAAGUGUUAUGAAAUGUAAUGUAAUAUUUGAAAUUGUGGAUAUAACUGCCUUGGUGUUGCUGGACCCCAGGAAGAGUAGCUGCUGCCUUGGCAGCAGCUAAUGGGGAUGCUUAAUAAAUACAUAAAUACAUCAUUAAUAAGUCGUAUACCUCCACUACACUAAUUCGAUACGCAACAGUAGGGAUUAAGAAGUAAGUAUAGGCAAUGCCCACUGAAAAACAAAGUGGGUAUAGGGCGUAUACCUGCGUAUAGCCUCCACUACACCACUGGCCCUUUGUGUUUGACAAAAAGUGCACUCCGACCUACAUGAGUGCGCUGGAAUUACAGUUGCUGUCCUUUCAGCAUUACGAGCCUGUCACACACUGAAGGCCCAAUAGGCUUGACACUGUGCAAACAUGUCUAUAACAGAUAUAAAUACUGUUACAAUUUCCCCCUAUCUCCCCUAACUAAUAGUAAGCCUGCAAAUUUCCAACAAUUUCCCCCACUCUUCCCUACCUGCUAGUCAAGGAAAUUCGGACAAAGUUUGAGGAUAUUUUUCAACGAAAGUAAAGGACAGUAAAGUAGGAAUCCCAGAUUUCAAUAGGUGAUAUGAUAUUAAUAUUUCAAGAAAGGAGUGUAUAUAUUUGGCCUGGGGAAGCGGUUUUAUGCGCUGACUGAAUGGAAGCUGAUAAUUCUGAGUUUUUUUACUCCGCUGGUCUUGGCUGGUCUCGGGAAGAAAUUACAAUUCCUCACUGUCCAAGACCGAGUAAAAAUGUAUCUGACACCGAGACCAGACUCGAGACCUACAACACUGGGGCAAAUCAAAUCUGACAUUUUAAAGUGGAAAUUACAAACUUUAGAAGCCUUUUUAAACCUUGAAUACACUAUAAGUGUGCAUUUAGUGUGCAGAAAAAUUAUCAGCAACAAAAGUGACCAAAUUAAGAUCCUUCAUCUGUACCUUUUUUGACAUGGAAUAUUGAGCAGUACACAAAAAUAAGCUAUGUCCCUGUCCUCUGUGGAGGAAUAAAAUGUUCUUACCACUAGAUAGAAAAUAGUUUGUCUUGCAGAAAGAUCUCCCUGUUCCAUCAAUGGUAUAGACUGAUCAACUUCCUAAAUAUAGAAGCUCAUUUUUGUAGCAGAAAGGCCUUCAAUUUGUUGCCACCAACCAAAGCUGAAUUCAGGAUCAACUUUGGCACAUUCUUGGCCCAAACAUUCUACCAAAGUUGCUAUGUUCAAUUGUUGUCAUCCAAUUUUAAAAUGGAAUAACAAUCACAUUCAGAAUCACCAUGACAUAAUGAACAAAGUUCUGCAGGAUUUUCAUGUUCAAUUGUGAUGUCAUCAAAUAAAAAUGUUUGCCAAAAUUGUUCAGAAUCUACAUAUAAUUGGAGAAUGUUCAAACUGCCACAUCUUUAUUAUAACAACAAACAUCACAAUGAUGGCCUACAUUACUUUGGUCUGCAGUGAGAUGGGCCAGGGCCCAGAUAGACAGGUAGCAGAGGAACAAUACUGUUUGUUUGUAAUACAAGCAAUUACUGUAUCUGCCUCCAUCAUAAUGAUAUUAAUAUUUUGGCUGUGGGAGACAUAAUUGGAAACCACAAGACUUCAGUCAUCCUUGCUCAAUCCAUCUUCUGUCCAGUGAUGUGAAUCAUUCUACAAUUCUGCCCUAUCCAUUUCCAUCUUGGCUGUAUCCUGUUGUUUGACAAAUGAAGCAAACAAGCCUGGGUUGUCUUCUAACAGAUAGAUGGAGGGACAGCUAAAUAAAUCCCCUCACUGCUGUUUAGCUGGAUAAUACAUUUCUGUCUUCUGAAGCAAGUAAAAGUUCUGUCUCAUAAACCAAGUAAUUUAAUGUCAGAAAUUAAAGAAAGAUCCUGCACAAUGGCAGACAGCGGGAAGACUGAUGAGCCCAGUGCAGCAGCCACAGCCCAGCCAGCUAAUGGAGACCAGCAGAGUGUUGUGUCCCGUGUGGGUAGCAUCCCCCUGGUGAGCUCUGCAUGUGGUGUAGUGUCCAACGCCUACAGCAGCACUAAGGACAGCGUUCCCCUUCUGAAGGGGGUCAUGAAUGCUGCCGAGAGCGGGGUGCGCACCCUGGGGGCAGCCGCCACCACCGGCUCCAAGCCACUCCUGGACAGACUGGAGCCACAGAUUUCUGUGGUGAAUCAAUAUGCCAUGAUGGGACUGGACAAGGUGGAAAAACUGAAAAUCCUCCAGCAGCCAGCUGACAAGCUGGUUUUAGACACAAUGGGCAUGAUGUACCAGUCUGUGAGCGGGGCAAAGGAGGCCAUGACUGGGGCUGUAUUUGGGGCAAAGGAGUCGAUGACUGGGGCUGUGACCGGGGCCAAGGAAACCAUGGCUGGGGCCAAGGAGACCAUGACUGGGGCUAUGAUGGCUGCAGUGUUUGGUGGUGUGGAGAUGACCCAAGCAGCAGCCAGUGGAUGGUUCAGCUCAUUCAUGGGGACCAGUGUGGGCCAGAUGGUCAGCAGUGGGGUGGGCCUGGCCCUCAGCCACUCUGAGAACUUGGUGGACCAGAUCCUGCCUCUCAGCGACAGAGAGCUGGCUGCUUUGGCUGAGCCUGCAACAGGGGAGGUGGCUACUGCACCAGUGGUGGGCUCUAGCCCAUCUAGCCCCAGCUACUUUGUCCGUCUUGGCAAGCUGUCCUCCAAGGUGCAGGAGCGGGCCCUGGAGCAGUCCCUGGUGAGAGCCCGGCGCGCCAGAGACACCACAUAUGCCACCAUAACCCAGAUCACCAGCACCCUGGACCUGCUGGAGAACGCCCGCUCCACCCUGGCUGCUGCCAACCACCAGCUGGGAGGGGCACCAGAGCAGCUGCUGCAGCACUGGAAGGAGUGGCAGGAGAAACAGCCUAAAGAUGGACAAGUAGAUGGCGGGAUGAUGGAUGGUCCCAAAGACCAGACUGCGUUGGAGUGGCGAACCCUCUCGAUGGUGCGUGGUCUCAGUGACCAGUUGCGGUCUGCCUGCUCUGGUGUGGUGUCCAGCGCCCAGGGCCUGCCCAGUGUGGUCCAGGACCAGCUGGCAAAUGCACAGAAAGCAGCUGAAGAACUGCACUCCUCCCUGGGCAACACUAGCACCCUCACACCCCCCCUCCUGGAGCAGACCCGUCAUCAUCUAACACAGGUGCGACAUUCUCUGGAUGGCGUCAUGGAGUAUCUGCUCAAUAACACUCCUCUCAACUGGCUGGUGGGACCCUUUGCACCCCAGCUCACUGAGAAGGGGGAGGACAGGCAGGCCGUGGAUAAGGGCCGUCAGACCUAGGCUUGGUUGGACCGACAGGUUGGAGUAGAUUACUUCAAAAAGGCUUGCGCUUUUCGUCUACUUUCAUGUUGCUGACAUGGUUUGUACAUUUUUUUGUACAGUGCAGUAAAUUAUGCGCUUUCUAAGCACUUACUGCACACACUUGUGAGUCUAUAAAUUAUGCUGAUGAUAACAUGGUACAUACAUACAAAAAUCACAAUACUGUGUUGUAUAUUCUCCAGAAGGGGAUGACCACUAAAACAGCCAUAUUUGUGCUGUAGAUCACACUCCAAUCUGUGAAUGUUAAGGAACCAUUUAAAACAAACUGUAAUUUUGUUUUUCUGUAACACUAACUGUAUGAAAUGCAAUAUAAACCCCAUGUGACUGAAAUGUAAUCCUCAAAAAUAUACAAAAAGGGGUCAUGACAAAUUGGUGUGUGACAUUUAUGUGCUCUCCUCUGUAUGUAUAAGCUCCAGAAGGGUCUCUUGCUGUUGUUCUUGAUUGCGAAUACAGUCAAUAAAGUAAUGUUGGCUCUCC